UUUUAAAUCCCCACACCCCACACGCACAAACGCCGCGAAGAACCACGCGAACCGAACCCACGCACCACCAGGGAAGUGGAGAGAGGCGGCGAAAGACAAGAGAAAACGCAGCCGCCGCCUGGAAGAAAGCGUAGCGUGGGAGCAAGGAGCAGCAGCCGGCAGGCAAUGGGCAACAGCAUCGGCGGCCGGCGCAAGGGCGCCAAGGUGAUGCAGCUGGACGGCACCGCCUUCAGGGUGAAGCCGCCGGCGUACGCGGGCGCGGUGCUGCGCGACCACCCGGGCUUCCAGCUGCUCGAGUCGGAGCAGGUCAAGCUGCUCGGCGUGCGCGCGCGCCCGCUCGAGAACGAGGCGUUGCUCCGCCCGGGCCGGCUCUACUUCCUCGUCGCGCUGCCGCGCCCCACCGUGCCCCCGCGCCGCGCCUGGUCCGGCGCGCUCCACGUCGGCGCGCGGGAGAGGCUCGAGUCGCUCAUGCUCACGCGCCGCUCCACCUCAGACCUCUCCUUCCCGACCGCGCCGGCCUCCCCGAUGUCCACCGCCUCCGAGGGCGGGCCGGUCCAGCUCAGGAUGCGCCUGCCCAAGGCGCAGCUCGCCAAGCUUAUGGGCGAGAGCCGGGACGCCGCUGAGGCGGCCGCUAAGAUCAUGCAGCUCUGCGCCGCCAACGGCGCUGUGACGCCGGAGCGGAGCCCGCGGUUCCUGCCGACGGCGGACUGGGGCACUGGUGGGCUCGCGCAGACGCCAGAGCGGAGCCCGCGGUUCGUGCCGACGCCGGACUGGGGCGCCGGCAGGUUCGCGCAGACCCCAGAGCGGAGUCCCAGGUUCGCCGUGACGCCCGAGUGGGGUGCCAGGUUCAUGAUGCAGACGCCGGAGAUGGCGAAGACGCCGGAUAGGUGGUCUGCUCUACCCCGCACGCCGGAGUAUGCAUCAGCGGACGUCAAGGCCAGCCGCAAGGAGAAGCGAACGCGGUUCGUGGCCUUGCCGGAUGAGAUCAUAGCAUGAUGACUUUCUCGUCCGCCUGAAGCGAGAGAGCUCAUUACUGUCUGCAGCACCGCAAGCAUGUUGAUGGCCUCUUCAGAUUCAGAGCGUGGACAGCUCACCCGUGGAACGAUAGGGCUAGUGAUUCAUGGACAGAACUCCGCCUCGUGGAACGUCCAGAGGCUGCAAGAAGUGUUUAUUUAUCCCAAUGGAAGUCGAGGUGAUCAAGAGUACCCCGUCCCUAUGGAGGCAAGGUGAUUUUUGGGCAUGCUUUUUCGACAAGAAAGGCACGUUCACCAUUCAUUCAGCGGAUAAUAUGCUGGUGAGCACCAAAACCAAGCUCGGAUACUAGGAGGUAAGAGAGGUUUGGGCGAAUAUGUGGCAAUACUUUGGAGGCAACCCGACUCAUUGGGGAAUUCGCUCGUGGACUGCACCAUGGCGAAGUGCGUAUGGGUGCUUGUAGAUGAAGACUAGAUCAUUGAUGGUGUGCGUCGCCGUGCCAGUCUAUUGUACAGUGAAUAUAUAAAUACAUGAAAAAUAUUUAAUUUUGUCCAAACAUAGACAUCUAUUUGUCGGUAAUCAAGAGAAAUAUCAAUGUACAAAUUGGCUUUGGUAUGACAAUAAAACGGUGCACACUUAGUAAAUAUAGCUAA